AUGGUGCUGAAGUCGAACAAGAUGUAUGUUUUCAAGCGAGAUGGCCGAAAGGAGGAAGUACAUUUAGACAAGAUUACGUCGAGAAUUCAGAAGCUAUGCUAUGGGCUGAACAAGGAUUUCGUUGCCCCGAUCGUCAUUACACUGAAGGUUAUCAAUGGGCUCUAUACAGGUGUUACGACUCAAGAGCUUGACAGCUUAGCAGCGGAAACAGCUGCAACAAUGACAACUGAACAUGCUGACUAUGCGAUCCUUGCGGCUCGUUUAGCCGUUUCCAAUCUACACAAAGAAACAAAGAAGCAAUUUUCGGAGGUUAUGCACGAUUUGUACAUGAUGGAGAAUGAGUAUUUGAAAACCAAGUCCCCGAUGAUAUCCGAGUUUCACUACAAAAUAAUAAUGGAUAAUGCAGACCGUCUCAAUUCGGCCAUUAUUUACGAUCGCGACUUUGGCUAUAAUUAUUUCGGCUUUAAAACUUUGGAGCGAUCCUACCUGCUCAAAAUUAAGGGCAAGAUCGUCGAACGUCCCCAGCAUAUGCUGAUGCGCGUUGCCAUCGGUAUUCACGGCGAGGAUAUCGAUGCGGCCAUCGAGACGUACAAUCUGCUGUCGGAGCGAUUUUUCACCCAUGCUUCUCCAACUAUGUUUGCUGCGGCGACACAACGUCCGCAGCUUUCUUCCUGCUUCCUGUUGACGAUGUCCGACGACAGCAUUGACGGUAUCUACGAUACGCUGAAACAGUGCGCCCUGAUAUCAAAGUCAGCCGGUGGCAUUGGGCUGAACGUGCAUUGUAUCCGUGCGAAGGGAACGUACAUCGCGGGCACAAAUGGAAUCUCCAAUGGUUUGGUGCCGAUGCUUCGCGUGUACAAUAACACGGCGCGGUACGUCGAUCAAGGAGGCAAUAAGCGACCCGGAGCAUUUGCAAUCUACCUGGAGCCGUGGCACGGUGAUGUGUUCGAGUUUCUCGAUCUGAAAAAGAACACAGGGAAGGAGGAGGUACGUGCGCGAGACAUGUUCUAUGCCCUUUGGAUACCGGAUUUAUUCAUGAAGCGAGUGGAGGCUAACGAAAUGUGGAGUCUUAUGUGCCCGCAUGAUUGCCCCGGAUUGUCUGAUUCGUGGGGCGAAGAGUUCGAGAAACGGUACGAGGGCUACGAGAAGGAAGGUCGCUUUAUUCGCCAAGUAAAGGCGCAGGACCUGUGGUUUGCCAUAAUUGAAUCACAGGUGGAAACCGGCGUGCCGUACAUGCUGUACAAGGAUGCGUGUAACCGAAAGAGCAACCAGCAAAACGUGGGCACAAUAAAGUGCUCAAACCUUUGCACGGAGAUCGUGGAGUACUCUUCAAAGGACGAGAUUGCCGUGUGCAAUCUUGCAUCGAUCGCGUUAAACAUGUUUGUGAGAUCGGAUCGUACGUACGAUUUUGGCAAGCUGAAAGAUGUCGCUAAGACCGUAACGCGAAACUUGAACAAAAUCAUCGACAUCAACUACUAUCCGGUGCCGGAGGCGCGUCGUUCGAACAUGCGCCACAGGCCCAUCGGUAUUGGUGUGCAAGGUAUGGCCGAUGCGUUUAUCCUGAUGCGAUACCCAUACGAGAGUGAGGAGGCCCAAAAACUCAAUCAGCAAAUGUUUGAAACAAUCUACUACGGUGCCUUGGAGGCUAGCUGCGAGUUGGCUGCCCGUGACGGACCAUACGAGACGUACGAAGGUAGCCCGGUAAGCAAGGGUAUCUUGCAGUACGAUAUGUGGAACAAGACACCUACGGACCUGUGGAACUGGGCGGAAUUGAAAGAGAAGAUUGCCAAGCAUGGCAUUCGCAAUUCUCUACUGUUGGCACCGAUGCCGACGGCUUCAACCGCACAAAUUUUGGGCAACAAUGAAUCCUUCGAACCGUACACAUCGAACGUUUAUAAUAGGCGCGUCCUGUCGGGAGAAUUUCAAGUGGUGAAUCACCAUCUCCUGAAGGACUUGACCGAGUGUGGCCUGUGGGACGAUGAUAUGAGACACCGAAUUCUGGCGCACAACGGAUCGAUCCAGAAAAUUACGGAAAUUCCCCAAGAGAUUCGUGACAUUUACAAAACGGUCUGGGAGAUAUCAGUAAAAACUUCCAUCAAGAUGGCCGCCGACCGUGGAGCGUUUAUAGAUCAAUCACAGUCGUUCAACAUUCACGUGGCUGAACCGAAUUAUGGCAAGCUGACAUCGAUCCAUUUCUACGGCUGGAAGAUGGGCCUUAAAACGGGCAUGUACUACUUGCGUACCAAGCCGGCGGUAAACGCCAUUCAGUUCACGGUGGACAAAUCGAAGCUCCAGGGUGCAAAUCAAUCGAACGUGAGCCGGAUGACGAACGGCGAUGGCGACGCGAGUCCGGAAACGUCACAAAUCGGCCAAAUGCAGCGAUCUCUGCUGAACGGAAGCACCAGUACUCCCCAGCGAAGCGUGAAUGGGGGAGGGUCAGAUCAGCAAACGCAAGAAAAUGGUUCGUUUGCGGAGCGGAAUAGGCGAAUGGCGGAGAUGGUUUGUUCGCUGGAGAACAAGGAGGAUUGUAUGAUGUGUGGAUCGUAGAACGAUCUUCAUGAUUUUUGUCAUUUAUCAGAUUACAUUUCGUUCAUUUUAUAGUUAACUUAACGCUAAUUUUAAAAGCUUCCAAUAAAAAAAACGAUUCU